AGGCAGAUGGAGCAUGAAGGCCCCUUCACAAUGUGAGUUGUUACAAUGAUGCACACAAGUGAUGAGGCUGAGUGGGGAGAGAUAUAAAACCACAGCAGUGCAAAGAUAUCAACAGAGGAAACUCAGAGCAGCGCUGAUAAGAGGAGCAGAGAACCAGAAGAUGGCUGCCAACACUGUAGCUGUGCUGGCAUUCCUACUGAUAGUGAGGGCAUUUUGCAGUCCUGUGUCAUAUCAACACUUGCAACCAUCACUACAACAGGUACAACAGUGGGAGAGAGACCAUCAAACAGGCAACUUCAUCCCCCACUUCAAGGCUGAGGAUCCAUCUACUAGUGACACCAUGAACCCAAAUUUCUUGGAUGAGUUGGAUCAGCUCAGCAAUGAGAGACAGAAGCGCAGCUAUGCAUGGCCACAAGGCAGGUUCAACUCCCUGGGGACACACCAACCCAAACAUGACGGGGACCUCGAACAUUUCCACGCCAGUUUGCAAGAUCCAGACACAUUCAGCUGGGGUGGAAACACACAACAAACACGGCAAGAACACUUUGAGGACCGGAUGCCAGAAAACACUGACAGAUUUCACUUUCACCAUCUUCAGAAGUUUGGAGUGCCACCAGAAGCAAUUCAACAAGUGCAACAAAAGGCAUCAGCGUUCCAGCAGCCUGCACAAUCUGAACAGAAACACCAUCAAACAUUUGGGUUUGGGCAACACUUUCACAUGCAACAAUCACACCAGAACAUGUUUCAGUCCCAGCAAGCAGCAAAUAUUCAACAGUCACUGCACAGCAAAUUCAAGCUUUAUCAACCUGUUGACCAGAGCACACAUGACUUCCAACAGCCUGUGCGCAUCCAACAGAGCACAUCUGAGUUCCAGCAGCCUGUGCACAUCCAACACAGCAUGUUCCAUAACAGUACGGAUGAUUCCCUGGGUCACAAAUCUUUCACAUUAAUUAUACAAGCACAACGACAUAAGUGGCAGCUCCAACAUCUCCCCACACAGCAAUUUGGUGAAGACAAUGGACAACAAACACAGAGCCACUUGCAUGUUGAGCAGAAUACAGAACAAGCUGGACUAAAUCAACCAAAUGUUGGCGGCUUUAGACAAAUAGCACAGGCACAUUUAUCUGAUAACAAAGACAUUAAUAAAACUGUACAAAAUCCAGAGCCUGAUGACAACCCUGAACAAAAUAAUCAAUCUGCUGGUAACCUCAAACAACAAGCACAAAGUAAUUUGAUUGCUAGUCAAAAUAUUGAACAAACAGAACAAAACCAACACUCUGUUGAAGUAGUCAGACAACAAACUCAGACUCAUCAGCCUGGUAAUCAAGACAUUGACCAAAAUAUUGAAAUAGCUCAUGAAGUAACAAAAAGUGAAAAUGAAACUGCAGCUCUUGACAUCACUGAAGAAACAGAUCAAAACCAAGUUCACGAUGAAUCUCAAACACUUUACGAAGUUGCUGAUGAUCAAGUCAUUCAAAAUCAAGAGGCUAACAAUAAAUUUGGACAAAACACACAGAGUCAAUCAUCAGAUGAUCAAGAUAUUGAAAAAGCUGGACAAAUUCAAGACACCAACUAUCAAAUCCGGCAACAGACACAGGGUCAAUUGGCAGAUGACCAAGAAAUUGAACAAUUUGGACAAAUUCAAGAUGCUAUUAAUGUAUUUGGACAACACACACAGAGUCAAAUAUCAGAUGAUCAAGAUAUGGAAAAAGUUGUACAGAUUCAAGAUGUUAAUAAUUUACUUGGACAACAGACACAGGGUCAACUGUCAGAUGAUCAAGACACUGAACAAGCUGGACAAAUUCAAGAUGCUAAUUAUCAACUUGGGCAACAGACACAGAGUCAAUUGGCAGAUGACCAAGAAAUUGAACAAUUUGGACAAAUUCAAGAUGCUAUUAAUGUAUUUGGACAACACACACAGAGUCAAAUAUCAGAUAAUCAAGAUAUGGAAAAAGCUGUACAGAUUCAAGAUGUUAAUAAUUUACUUGGACAACAGACACAGGGUCAACUGGCGGAUGACCAAGAAAUUGAACAAUUUGGACAAAUUCAAGAUGCUAUUAAUGUAUUUCGACAACACACACAGAGUCAAAUAUCAGAUGAUCAAGAUAUGGAAAAAGUGGUACAGAUUCAAGAUGUUAAUAAUUUACUUGGACAACAGACACAGAGUCAAAUAUCAGAUGAUCAAGAUAUGGAAAAAGUGGUACAGAUUCAAGAUGUUAAUAAUUUACUUGGACAACAGACACAGAGUCAAAUAUCAGAUGAUCAAGAUAUGGAAAAAGUGGUACAGAUUCAAGAUGUUAAUAAUUUACUUGGACAACAGACACAGAGUCAAAUAUCAGAUGAUCAAGAUAUGGAAAAAGUGGUACAGAUUCAAGAUGUUAAUAAUUUACUUGGACAACAGACACAGAGUCAAAUAUCAGAUGAUCAAGAUAUGGAAAAAGUGGUACAGAUUCAAGAUGUUAAUAAUUUACUUGGACAACAGACACAGAGUCAAAUAUCAGAUGAUCAAGAUAUGGAAAAAGUGGUACAGAUUCAAGAUGUUAAUAAUUUACUUGGACAACAGACACAGAGUCAAAUAUCAGAUGAUCAAGAUAUGGAAAAAGUGGUACAGAUUCAAGAUGUUAAUAAUUUACUUGGACAACAGACACAGAGUCAAAUAUCAGAUGAUCAAGAUAUGGAAAAAGUGGUACAGAUUCAAGAUGUUAAUAAUUUACUUGGACAACAGACACAGAGUCAAAUAUCAGAUGAUCAAGAUAUGGAAAAAGUGGUACAGAUUCAAGAUGUUAAUAAUUUACUUGGACAACAGACACAGAGUCAAAUAUCAGAUGAUCAAGAUAUGGAAAAAGUGGUACAGAUUCAAGAUGUUAAUAAUUUACUUGGACAACAGACACAGAGUCAAAUAUCAGAUGAUCAAGAUAUGGAAAAAGUGGUACAGAUUCAAGAUGUUAAUAAUUUACUUGGACAACAGACACAGAGUCAAAUAUCAGAUGAUCAAGAUAUGGAAAAAGUGGUACAGAUUCAAGAUGUUAAUAAUUUACUUGGACAACAGACACAGAGUCAAAUAUCAGAUGAUCAAGAUAUGGAAAAAGUGGUACAGAUUCAAGAUGUUAAUAAUUUACUUGGACAACAGACACAGAGUCAAAUAUCAGAUGAUCAAGAUAUGGAAAAAGUGGUACAGAUUCAAGAUGUUAAUAAUUUACUUGGACAACAGACACAGAGUCAAAUAUCAGAUGAUCAAGAUAUGGAAAAAGUGGUACAGAUUCAAGAUGUUAAUAAUUUACUUGGACAACAGACACAGAGUCAAAUAUCAGAUGAUCAAGACACUGAACAAGCUGGACAAAUUCAAGAUGCUAAUUGUCAACUUGGGCAACAGACACAGAGUCAAUUGGCAGAUGACCAAGAAAUUGAACAAUUUGGACAAAUUCAAGAUGCUAUUAAUGUAUUUGGACAACACACACAGAGUCAACUGUCUGAUGACCAAGAUAUACAGAUAGGGCAAAUACAAGGCAGUGACAAUUCUGGUCAAGAGAUGUCUGAAAAAUCCCCAAAACUACAACACCAUCCACCUGCUGGUUCUCACAACAGUGAAGAACAGCAAAGUGCAUUUGAAAUUCUAAACCAACACUCAAUCUUUGAGCAUUCACAAAGCACCAACUUCGGAGUGAUCAAUGACACACAUAUACUGAAACCACACUGGUGGAACACAAUGGGCAACAUCAUCACAUCAGCAUAUGAAGAAACAAAGGGCAAAGUAACAUCAACCUAUGAUGAAGCUAAAGGGAAGGUUCACCAAAUUGUGGAGAAAGUGAAAGAAAAGUAUGGGUGAAGUUAUGUGAUUUGGACAAAGAAGGAAAAAUAGUUAAAAUAGCCUAUGUUUUCCAUUAACCACAAUACAUAAGAACAAUAACAUAAAAGGUAAUAACAAUUAUGUAUGUUGCUAUAAACAGUGACAUUUUUCAAAUUGUCUAAAUGGGAAAUCACUCAAUUGGAAAAUCAGUGCUACAUCAAACAGGAAUGGCAUUCUACAACAUUAAUUUCAAUAACAGUUUUGGAAAAGGCAGCAAAAACAGAAGACUAUCACUCUGUUCAUGAAGCAGACUGAAGCUGUUCUUUGCCACUUUAAAGAGGGGCGGAAAAAACUCUCAUUUAAUAUUCACACAAUGUAAAUAUUUCCCAGUGAUUACAGCACAAAGCAAUAAAUUCCUGCCAUUUUCCAUAUUAAA